GCCAAUACAAGACCGAUUGUAUGUGGAGUAUGUGGGAGCAAAUGCGGGACAACUACCUCCAAACUAAAGAACUGAUGGGCAAGUUCAUGACGCAAGCAGUCAGCAUGCAGGAGGGAGAGGCACGGCCCAAGUGUGAGUGUCCGCCGUGUUGUCAUGGCCGUGACCUCGGUGAAGCCAUGGGUAUACAGCAGAUGCACGGGGUCACUGUGCCCUGGGGACAGCAUCUCCAGACACAGACACAGCAGUUUCCUGCAGGCCCGACACAGUCUCUAGGGUACCCUAUGGAGUCAGAGGCUAGACGAGCAAUGGAAGAACAAAAGCGCAUCAAGAACACGUGGGUGCAGUUCCUUAACAUUUUCAACAUGUCGAUGGACCUUGCCAAUGACGUGUCUCGAGAUCGCUGGGAGGCCAACAAACGGCGAAAGGAGCGGGCACGGCUGGAGCGACAGGAGCGUCUGGAGGAGCAGCGGCGCCAGCGGCAGGCAAGGAGCUCUAUCACGUCCACUACCACCGCAGAGAAGACACCAGAAAAAUCAAAGAAAAAAGGAGAGGAGAAACUGGCAAAAGAUGAACCCAAAAGUGGGGUGCAAAAAUCACAAAGUGAUAGUCAAUCAAAGGCAGCAUCACCAGAACCAGACCAGCAAGGCUCAGCGGUAGAAGAAACAGCACCAGGAGAAACAGCACCAGAGGAAACAGCACCAGAGCAAACGGCACCAGAAGAAGCAGCUCCUGAAGCUGCAGAAGCAACUGAAGAGCCAGCAGAAGCAGGAUAAAAAUGAAAAAUUAAACACAUUAAUUUGGUCAUUGGCAAACAAUACAUUAAUAGAAUUUUCCUUUU